AUGUCGGAACCGGCUGCGGUGCCUUAUUCCAGCUUUCUCGAGUCAGAAACCGUUGUCCUCAAAGCAAGCGAAUCCGGCCGACACUUGCGCAUCCACCGGGGACUCUUGAAUCUGAAGGGUGGGCAUAUACUACACGCCUUUGAGGCAGCAUUAGGGGGAGAAAAGUGCGAAAUCUGUGUGUUCCAGACAACGUCUGAGAGCACCUUGGUUCGGUUUAUCGAAUGGGCCUACACCGGUGACUACCCAGCGAAAAUUAGUCCUCGACGCGCUGGCCCCAGGGCUCCUCAACAAGACUGUGACGAGUCGAAAGAGCCUUGUGUCCACAUUCAGCAACUCGCAAUGAUCAUCGAUCCCGAUACCGACGAGAGCUUGGCGAAUCACUCACUGCUCGCCCACGUCCAUCUCUACAUCUUCGCCAGGGCCUACGCAAUUCCAGGGCUACGGCGACUUGCACUGGAGAAAGCCAUGGCUACACUCAGGGACCUAGACCAGCCAAUUACCCUCAGGGACCGACUAGCUGUUAUGGCCGCGUUGCAUGCGUCAUCAACGAAGCUUCUUCGGAACGAUCCGUUUCUUGAGUGGAUCGCACAGUACGCCGCGUAUAAUAUUGAACAUCUUCGCGCCUUGGGCGCUUUUGAAUUGUUGUUGGUGAAAAGACCUCAGUUGGGUGCAAGCAUCUUCUGGAAGAUCUUAGCUGGAGGUCAGGCACCUUGGCAGGGAGUGCCGUCAACGGAUGGUUCUGCGUAA